CAGUAUAUAAAAUAUUACACUACUUUAUAUACCAAGUCUGACUAAGCCUUCAUCAUUUCAAAAGCCAAGAUGAUGAAGAUCGUGCUGCUGUUUGCUUCCCUGUUUGCCUAUGUUGACUGUUUUGUCAAGGUUGAAAACUACAAAAAUUCGGUUUAUAUAAUGAGGGGAUAUUCCAAAUGGGAUAAAUUCGAAAAAGCAGCAGAUACAACCGUUUUUGAACCGAGCGACUAUGAUUUGAUGUCUGAUAAAAGUCUAUUUUGGGUUGAAGGUUGUAACAAGAAAGGACAUUUAUUACAGUUUUACAAAUAUGAACCAGAUACCAUGACGCAAUAUCCGGUUUUAAAGUACUAUUUCACAAAUGAAGAGUAUUACCAGAAAAUAUCAACGACCAUCAUAGAACAGAUGACUUACCACCCUGUCGUUCAUGUAAAAAUGUUUUAGAUAUUGACAUUUUAUAUGUACUUCCAGACUGUAACAUUUUAUUUUUUUUCUUGUGUGUGUUUUUUUUUUAUGUUGUUGUGUUUCUUAAUCUCCUUGUUUUCUGUAAAAUAUUAAAUAGAAUAAACUGAU